AGCUGAUGGGCUUUCUUCUGGGAAAGUCGAGCCAGUGAUGGAAGCGAGAAGCCACUGCUGGCUAUAGAGGGAAAGCACGCGGCCGAGGCGCGGGCGCUGUCCAGCGUGCUGAAGCCGGAGCGAGCAAGCCGCCCGGAGCCGCGCGGAUCCAGCUGAGCCCAGCCCACUGGACGCCAGAUCUCGACCAUCGCUCCUACCUCAGACACCGCUCGGAGCCAAGGCGGACGGGUCCCGAUCUUCCCCUAUCCCCACCCCGCCCCGACCCUCUCCAUCUCCCGCGUCGUGACACCAGCUGUCUCCUGCAGCCCUUGGUCAUGAAAUUCCAGAGGUUGCCGGCCUCCGCCCUCUUCUGCUUCCUUCUACUGAUCAAGGGGUUAGGAGCAGCGCCUCCGGGGCGCCCCGAGGCGCAGCCUCCUCCCCUUAGCCCUGAGCAUACAGAGCCGUUAGCUGGGGACGCAGUGCCAGGGCCAAAGGAUGGCAGCGCCCCAGAGGUCCGAGCAGCUCGAAAUUCCGAGCCGCAGGACGAGGGAGAGCUUUUCCAGGGCGUGGAUCCCCGGGCGCUGGCCGCGGUGCUGCUGCAGGCGCUCGACCGCCCAGCUUCGCCCCCGGCGCCGGGCAGCUCCCAGCAUGGGCCAGCGGAAGAAGCAGCAGAAGCUCUGCUGACAGAGUCGGUGCGCAGCCAGACCCACAGCCUCCCCGCUCCGGAGACCCAGGCGCCCGCGGCCCCACCUCGCCCUCAGACUCAGGAUGUUCCCGAGGCGAGCGACCCCUCUGAGGAGCUCGAGGCGCUAGCGUCCCUGCUUCAGGAACUGCGAGAUUUCAGUCCCAGUAGCGCCAAGCGGCAGCAAGAGACCGCGGCAGCGGAGACGGAAACCCGCACGCACACGCUGACCCGAGUCAAUCUGGAGAGCCCCGGGCCAGAGCGCGUGUGGCGCGCUUCCUGGGGAGAGUUCCAGGCGCGCGUCCCGGAGCGCGCGCCUCUGCCGCCCUCGACCCCCUCGCAGUUCCAGGCGCGUAUGCCUGACAGCGGACCCCUACCCGAAACCCACCAGUUCGGGGAAGGAGUGUCCUCCUCCAAAACACACCUAGGCGAGGCAUUGGCACCCCUGUCCAAGGCGUACCAAGGCUUGGGCGCCCCCUUCCCCAAGGCGCGCCGGCCGGAGAGCUCACUCCUAGGUGGCUCUGAGGCCGGGGAGCGCCUUCUACAGCAAGGGUUGGCGCAGGUAGAGGCCGGGCGGCGGCAGGCGGAGGCCACGCGGCAGGCCGCGGCGCAGGAAGAGAGGCUGGCCGACCUCGCCUCCGACCUGCUGCUCCAGUAUUUGCUGCAGGGCGGGGCUCGGCAGCGCGGCCUCGGGGGUCGGGGGCUGCAGGAGGCGGAGGAGGAGCGAGAGAGCGAGAGGGAGGAGGAGGCGGAGCAGGAGAGACGCGGCGGAGAGGAGAGGGUGGGGGAAGAGGAUGAGGAGGCGGCGGAGGCGGAGGCAGAGGCAGAGGAGGCGGAGCGGGCUCGGCAGAACGCGCUACUGUUUGCGGAGGAGGAGGACGGGGAAGCCGGGGCCGAGGACAAGCGUUCGCAGGAGGAG